CCAGUUCAGAAGAUAUGGUGAAAUAGAGUCAGCUUAAAUACCAUUGAAGAUGGUAACUGGAGAAAACACCCAAGUCGUUCCCAUAGAGAAUGUGUGUGUGGCAGAUGAGCAGAAGUUCCUUUGCGUCGUCCGUGAUAUGGUCGAUGUUAAUUGUGCAGCCAUCAAGCACACGUUCAACCUGCCAGCAUCAACCUCUGUGGCAAGACUAAUUUCGGACCUAGCAGAGAAAUUUGCCUAUUUAGCAGAGACAAUUUCGAUCCACUAUGAAAAACAAAUUGGAUCAGAAACAGAGGAGAUACAAUUGGAGCAUUACCUGAACAGGUCUUUGUCUGACAUAUGUGUAGCAGGAGUAAGACGCCAUGACUUCACCAUCUGUGACCGAGAAGGAGUUACUGCAAAGAAAGUGGAAGCUUCACCACCGCAACAGUACAUUGCAACAUGUGCCACAGAGGCAGAGGCAGAUACGGCCGGCUCCUCAGAUGUGGUGGCAUCCUCUUCAGGCUACUACACUGGUGGUGCAAGUGGCACUAGUUCUGGUGAUGUUUAUACGUUCUCAACCUACUCAGACAGUUCCUACAGUUACUCUGCUGCUGUUAUGAAGUCUGACACAGGCUAUGUAGGACUUGUAAACCAAGCGAUGACAUGCUACCUCAACAGCUUACUGCAGACACUGUUUAUGACCCCAGAAUUCCGGAAUGCUUUAUACAGGUGGGAAUAUGAUGGAGCGCAUAAAGAAUCAGAAAAGAAUAUUCCGUACCAGCUACAAAAAUUAUAUCUACAAUUACAGACAAGUCAAAAGCGAGCUGCGGAAACAACAGAUCUAACCAAAAGUUUUGGUUGGGAUAGCAGUGAAGUUUGGCAACAACACGAUGUACAGGAGCUUUGUAGAGUGAUGUUUGAUGCAUUAGAACUGAAGUGGAGAAAUACAAAACAAGCCAACCUUAUCAACCACCUUUAUCAGGGAAAGAUGAAAGAUUACGUCAAAUGUCUGGAGUGUGGUAAUGAGAGUGCCCGUGUGGACUCCUACCUGGAUAUUCCCCUUGUCAUACGGCCGUUUGGUGCAACCACAGCCUAUGGUAGUGUUGAAGAGGCAUUGAACGCGUUUGUCCAGCCUGAAACACUAGAUGGAAGUAACCAGUACUUUUGUGAAAAGUGUAACAAAAAAUGUGAUGCUCAUAAGGGCCUCAAAUUCCAGUCCUUUCCAUACCUCCUAACACUGCAGUUAAAGCGUUUCGACUUUGACUACUCAACAAUGCACAGGAUCAAACUGAAUGAUAGAAUGACUUUCCAGGAGGUGUUAAAUUUGAACCACAUGGUAGACCACAAAAAUAAAGAUGAAGAGGACAUGAUGUCGUCAACUGUUGGAGGAAAGGUAUCAGAUGGACCUCUGGAGGACAGCAGUGACGAAGGCAUUGAUGUAGGAGCUGAGAGUGAGUUGGGGGCCUCAGCGAUCCAGUCACCCUCUGAUGACCAACAAAGUCUUUCAAGUGAAGCUGCUGCCAACACUAAAAACGCCAAGGAGUCUGAGUGCACGGGGCCGUACGUGUAUGAGCUAUUUUCCAUCAUGAUCCACUCAGGCAGUGCAGCAGGUGGACACUACUAUGCCUACAUUAAGUCGUUUGUGGAUGGGCAGUGGUACAGCUUUAACGACCAGCAUGUCUCCAAGAUUGGAUAUGACGAGAUUACAAAGAUAUAUGGAGGUGCCUCUGUGUCAAGAGGUUACUACUCGGCCACAUAUAGCAGUUCUACGAAUGCCUACAUGCUGAUGUAUCGUCAAAUUGAUAAACAGAGAAAUGCUGAUUUUAUACAACCAGAUAACUUCCCAGAGCAUAUUAGCCAACAACUUCAGCGACUCAAGGAUAAAGAUGAGGCAGAACAACGCCAAAAAGAACUUGACAAGUCUACCUGCAAGAUAAAAACAUUCUGCUACCAUCCAGUAUUGAAGAAGAAACAAGAACAGCGACUAGAAGUUCACAAAGACAAGACAUUGGCUGAAGCUAUGGAGAUGGUGUACAAACUAUUUGACUUACGGAGUGCUCUGCCCCUUGACUGUUGUCGCCUGGUGAAGUACGAUGAAUACCAAGAUACACUUGAGCGCUCGUUUGAAGGAGAGGAGGAUGUUCCAAUUGGCCAACUUUUGGGAGGUGUCAAACAGACAUACAACUUUGACCUUCUCCUGGAGACUAAGAGACCAGAACAGCAGUUUCACGAGUACAAACCUGGUGGGGUCACAGUGAAGGUGUUUGUGGUGGACAUGGAUUUGGAGACUAUACAGGAGCCCAUCAGUGUCCGGGCCUACAAUCCACAGUCUGUAGCUGAAUUUAAGGAAAUUGUUUCUGAGGUGCUGGACGUACCCGUCACAAAUAUGAGGUGUGUUUUGGAGCGGUUCCACAAUGAUCUCAGAUACCUAUGGAUGCCACACAAAACCCUGAAGGCCGAAGGCUUCUUCAAGAGUAAUAAGGUUUACAUUGAGUACUCGGGAUCAGAAGACCCAAGUACAGAACAUUUUGUCAACAGUCGUUUCUACAAUCUGUUGGAUCGCCAUCAGAACACCAUCAGGAUACAUGUCAGCUUGCCAUCCGUCUCUGAUGUACAUGAGUUCAUAAAGAUCAGCCGAAGGCAUUCUCACCUUAUGGAGAGAGCUAUAAGUGGGGGGUCUGCCACCAAAAGUCUGGAGAACCUGGCAGGAGACGUGGUAAAAUCUAAAUACACGGGAGGCCACGAUCCCUUGGAAAUUGACGAAGGCAUCAGUGACCGUGGUAGUGAUAGUGAAGUAGACUUCAGGGUGAAAUCCCUUACCUUAAAACAGUCAAAAAGUGAUCCCUCCAUCUACCACAACUGUUGUCAAGUAGAUCAGCAGUAUGUACCACCAGGUCCAAUCUCUGGUCAAGUUCGGACACUAAGUCUAACAGAGCCAGGGUCAGAAGCUCGGGCGUGCAGUCCCAUAAUGGGGCAGAGUAUAGAAACAGGGCCAAGCACAAGGCUAAGCCCCACAGUGUCUGAGGGUCGGACUAGUAGCCCGGUCAACGGGCAGAGUAUAGAAACAGGGCCAAGCACAAGGCUAAGCCCCACAAUGUCUGAGGGUCGGACUAGUAGCCCGGUCAACGGGCAGAGCAACAGUAGUCAGGACACCAGUACUAGUGCAGAGUUCAGUCUCAACACAAACUUUAGUUCAGUGGCGGAGUUUGACUGUGGGCGUGAAGCCGUGGAGCACAGUAACAGUGACUCGGAACAGGUGGAGCCUCCGUCACCAGGUGAACGCACCAUCAGUGAUAUAGACUUCAAAAAAGAACAUGGUGAUGAUGUGUGUGGUGCCACAGAGAACUGGGAUUCGGAAACAUUGGAUGUUAACCAGUCUGACGAAACACCAGAUGUGAUGGUUGUCCAUGAGGAAAACAUCAGGCGAUACUUCUGUGUUGUCAGUCAGGAGGAGGACAUACUAACAAAACAAAGGCAUCUGACAGUGCGAGUGGAUAAGAGAAUAACAUUAGGAGCAUUUAAAAAAGAGCUAGAACCAUACGUCCAAACAACAGUAGACAAUUUCAAGGUGUACAGGGUAUACUCUAAUAAUCAAGAGUUUGAAAGUAUUCGACUAUCAGAAACAAUGAGUUUCUUUGAAGAUGGAAAGCUAAAUAUCAAACUAGGACGGGCUCUGAAGCCAGGAGAAUACAGAGUGAAGGUGUAUCAGCUACAGAUCAAUGAAGCCGAGCCCAGUAAAUUCUUGAUAGACACAAUAUUUGCCAAAGGAAUGUCAGUGCUGGAAUCCAAGAAGUUGAUAAUCCCUGAGAUUAAAGAACAGUGCAAUAUUGACCUCCCACUGGACAGAUGUCGUCUGCGUAAAAAGACAUGGAAGAACCCUGGGACAGUGUACACAGAUGCCCAAGUAUAUGAGGAUGAUUUGCCUAUCUUUGCCAACUGGGAGGUCUUCUUACAAAUACUAGAUGGCCCAGAGUUAAUGGUAUCUACAUCACAACUGUCAAUAUUUGUGCGAAGAUGGAAACCAUCAGCCUUUGAGUUCGGUCCCUUUGAGGAAAUUAUACUGUGUCAGCAAACGCUUGAAGAGCUUAAGGAGAAGCUGUCGGAGGUCAGUGGGAUCGCCCAGGAAAAUGUGGAGUAUGCUAAGGGGCGUGGCACAUUCCCGUGUGAUAUCUCAUUACUGGAGGUCCAUACAGACCUUGACUGGAACCCCUACGUCACCACCCUCAAUUCCUGGCCACUCUAUAUCUGUGAUGACGGCAACGUCCUAUACUACAGAGACAAGAAUGAGAAACUGAUGAAGCUGUCGGAUGACAGGAGAAAGGAAUUACAAAACAAAGAAAAUGCCAGGUUGUCGAGGAGUACUGGUAAGAGCACGUAUUCCCCACGAAAGGAAAAAGCGCUGAAAAUCUACACAGACGACCCCCCAGUCAAGCAGUCCCAGGAUCUAGACUGAAGGGUAUUUUGAUUAUGCACACAAUCCCAGGAUUUCGACUGACUUGUGUCAUUUUUAAAACACAAAAUGACACUUUAGUCAAAGCACUUGGAUCAAGUGCUUUUCAAUCUUAAACACACAACAUGGCACUCCAGGAUCCAGAUUGAAUGAUGAUGUUAUUCCAAUCCCAGGAUCCAGAUUGAAUGAUGAUGUUAUUCCAAUCCCAGGAUCCAGAUUGAAUGCUGUCCUUAUCUAAAAGAACAAACAACACUAAAGUUCAAGGUUAAUAAAUGAAUGGUGUCACAACUCCUAUCCCAGAAUUUAGACUUAAUAGUGUUGUUAAAAGACUUAGCUCCAGUCCCAGGAUUUAGACUGGUGUUAACACAAAUAAUCCCAGUCUGGACUGGAUCCUGUCAUUAUUAAACACUAACGACACUCAAGUCCCAAAGUUUAGACUAAAUGCUUAUCUUAACCUUAAAGACACUCCAAUCCUAGGAUCUAGACUGAACUAGAAUAAUUAAACUGUGAUUAGACAACGGUUAAUUUGAUAUUUCUGUAAUUUGAUGUUCCAAAAUUUAGCUGAAAGGAAAAAAUGGAUAUGCUGAAUAUUGAUGCCUUGUUAGCUGUUUGGAAUUUUUGAAAUUAUGGCCAAAUGUAUCCAUAUAAAUAUGUUUUUUAUUGAUGAUAAUGUAUAAUAUUAAAGUUAAACAUGCUCUACUCAGAAAGUGUUGUAAAAGAAUUGUCAAUGACCUGUACACUAUGGCUGGAAUGUGUAUAUUAUGCUUGUGAGGAGUGUGAAUGGAAAUGUUGCAUUUGUAAGAUGUACAAAGAUAUUGUUUGAGAGGCUGAAGGUAUGUGGAAGGUAUUUCAACCAUGUGUGUAUACAUACAUAUGUAGAUGUGUGAUAAGAAGCAAAUUUAAGUCUUUCAAAAGAUGAUAUAAUUCAUUUGUCAGAGUGUUGCAUGUUUACCAUUUAUCGCUGAUUGCUUCAUUGGAGUUGUAUCAUUGUGUUUCAGUUUUACCAACUUUUGUAUGUAAGUCAUUGUUGUCAGGAGUGAUACAAAAUGUAUAUAGUUUACAAAAUUAUAUACCCAUAAUUUAGAAUCAUCAGGGAACAUGAACUAUUUAUUUUCAUAUUGAAUAUAUGUAUCAGAAUUAUUAUUUUUUUUCUUGGAAAACAUUCUGACUUGUUUUUAUUUGAUUUCAUCAGAUUAGAUAUAACAAUGGAUGUAAUAUACCUUUAAUAGGUUUUAUAUCAAUUUAUCUUUGUUUCUCAGUGUUCCAUAGUUGUAGUGCAAUUUCAUCUUUCCAAGAAAACAAUUGAAGGAAAAAUUUGUCUUUAUUAAAUUUUCAUCAUGCAUUCUAUGAUGUUUAGGUGUAUGAUUAUAUUUUCAGUAUACCAUAUUGAAAGUUAAAAGCUUUAGGGUUUUAGGGUAAAAUAUUUUCUUAAUUAUGGAAAACAAAUAUAAAUGAUACCUAAUACCAAAAUGAAAUAAGGAUUUCAGUUUACACCAUGUAUCAAAGGAUUAAAUUUUUCAUGUCCGAUCAUAAAAUUAUAACUGAAUCAAUUGAUCGGUAGUUCUAGGAGUAAGUUUUAUAAGCUGUGAUAAAUUGUAAAAGAUGUUUAAUACAGAAAAUCCAUGCAUUUUUUUUCAUGCAUAAAUGUGACAUGAACUUUCCAACACAGACCUUUAUCUGUGGACAGUGUAAUAGUCUUCGAUACCAGACACAUUACAACUGUGGUUUGUGUUAUUAAUCUGUACAUUUUCUUUUUCACAUCUUUUAAACAACUUUGUAAAAGAUACUUCCCGAUCUUCCAGAUCUCAAAUGUUGUUUAUUUCCCGGUAUCUUACGUGUCAAUUAGCGCUGGAAUGACUUUUUCACCAAGAAAUGUUUUCAGAGGCAUCUGUGAGCUGAGGGAUCAAGGAAUUGGUCAAUGCAUAGUUAAAAACUGGUUUUGAAUAUUAGUUCUGUAAACAGUUCUGUUACAUAAUAGUCUAUGUCUUUUAAAUGUGUCAAAGUAGUAAUAUAAUAUAUCAGAUUGUAAAAUGAAUGUAUUUUUGAAGAUUCCUGGAAAAUAUCUGUUAAAUAAAAAAUAACCCGGAAUUGAAGACAAUAACAAUCUGUUAGAUGUGAUGAUUAUGAAAUGUAUUAUCCCCCAAAAUUGCUUCCAACUACUUUUAGUUCAAUCUGUUUGAAUGUGUGUCACUAGAAUCACUGAAUACAUUUAAAACUGAUGAUACAUACUACUGUUUCUUACGGAGUAAUGGGAGAUAUGUUACUCAAUUUAUUUGUUCAAACUUGGCUAAAGUUCAAAGUGAAAUGUACAUUCAAUAAAGUUUCUGUAGUGCAUGCUAAAAUUGUUGCUUGAAUAGAUCCUCACCUGACAUUUGCAUUUCUAAUGCCUCAUCAAAUUAUUGUCUUUUGUCAAAUAUCAAUAUUUGAAACAUCCUUUCAGCAUGCAUCACUAACAGGAGUCAUUGUAUUCAUGUCUAGGUCCCAUAUACUGGACAAGUUGUCGGGUGAAUUGUUGAAUUUUCGUUUGUAAAAUGAAUCGUUUCCAUUGGUACAAAAAUUAAAUGUAUUCCAUUAUCAGGUUGAUACUGCUAGAGCUGUUCCAUAUUUAUAUAUAUUGUUCUGACUUAGUUUAACCCACAAAAUGGAAGCUCUUUAAACCCAUUGUGAUAGUGUCGACCACCCUGUUGUCUGUUGAUAGUGGUAUGUACUUGUGUGUGAUCUCUUUUGGUAAUUAUUAAAUAUAAUUUCUUUUUUGAAAGUUAUACAGGAUUUGUAUGCACGCUGCAAUUUCAUAAGUUACUUAACUAAGUAUUUUGUUCCUUAUCUUCAAUUUCCCCUAAGGGGAAACAUCACUUAAAAUAAGGAAUAAUUUCAAACUUAAGCUAGGGAACGUUUAUGAAAUUGGGGCCUGAUCUAUUUCUCUUCACACAGGCAGAUAAAAGGAUAACACAUAUCGUCGGAUCGUCGAAUCGACAUCAUAUUUUCUAUUAAAAUUUGUUUCAUAAUUUUACAUGUUCAGAAGUCCAGGAAAUUCUAAGCAAGUGCAAUCAUUGCUUCCAUGUGGUUCAACUUUGUGUGCGUCAUUUAUUUGAGUUGGCACCAAUGGAUUAGGGUAAUAGAUAAUUUUCAGUAUUUAAAGGUGGCUGCUGUUUUGAAUGGUUAAGACAGUCAUUGGCUUCAUUCAUGUAUCGUGCCAUGAAAGUAGAUUUUUCGAAACAAUAGACUUGAACACUCUUUUUAGUCUACAGGAUAUGCUUCAAGAACUUGAUCAGUUGACAUGUUUUGUAAGGUGGAAUGUUUCCAACAUCCUUGAAGCCAAGAACACCCUUCAAGGACGACAUAAGGUCAAUCUUCAAGGAUGGCAUCAGUCAACAGAUUUUGUAUCGAGAUUAAUCCCAAUAUCCUUCAAGGACUGUAUCAGAAGACUGGUAUUUGCUGAAAAUUAUUGUCAUGGUAGAACUAUUCAAGCUUGUUUUCUGCCCUCUUUUGAACACAUGCUAGAGCUGGUAUUUAAAAGACCAUUUAGAUUAGGAAAUAGCGUAACUGGUAGGUACAUCAUGCCUUUACCAUUGAUAUGAUAAUCUCAUUCUGAGGUAUUGUAAACCUAUUUGGUAACUAUAUCACCUUGUCUUUGUCAUUAAGAUAAACCUAGAUAAGGAGUCAGUUCCAGAUGAUAUAUAGUACCGUAUAUCGGGAAAUGUUCACCCUGGUAUAACUUACUCCUUUUUCACACUCCAUGAUGAAGGAAAAUUUAUCACGACAGUGAAAAUAACUACACAACAUACUAUACAUACUAUACAUAACUUGUGGAGGGUGAAAUUGACAGAUUCUACCAGUGAAGAUCAAACAUGAUAGUUUCCUGGUAUAGAGUAACUAGCAGGAUACAUCUUCUGUAUUCUGGAUCAGACAUGGUUAGUUUCCCGGUAUAGAGUAACUAGCAGGAGGCAUCUUUUGUAUUCUGGAUCAGACAUGGUUAGUUUCCCGGUAUAAAGUAACUAGCAGGAGGCAUCUUCUGUAUUCUAGAUCAGACAUGUUUCCCGGUAUAGAGUUACUAGUAGAAUACAUCUUCUGUAUUCUGGAUUAGACAUGGUUAGUGUCCUGGUAUAGAGUAACUAGCAGGAGGCAUCUUUUGUAUUCUGGAUCAGACAUGGUUAGUUUCCCGGUAUAAAGUAACUAGCAGGAGGCAUCUUCUGUAUUCUAGAUCAGACAUGUUUCCCGGUAUAGAGUUACUAGUAGAAUACAUCUUCUGUAUUCUGGAUUAGACAUGGUUAGUUUCCUGGUAUAGAGUAACUAGCAGGAGGCAUCUUUUGUAUUCUGGAUCAGACAUGGUUAGUUUCCUGGUAUAGAGCAACUAGCAGGAGGCAUCUUCUGUAUUCUGGAUCAGACCUGGUUAGUUUCCUGGUAUAGAGUAACUAGCAGGAUUCAUCUUCUGUAUUCUGGAUCAGACAUGGUUAGUUUCCCGGUAUAGAGUAACUAGCAGGAGGCAUCUUUUGUAUUCUGGAUCAGACAUGGUUAGUUUCCCGGUAUAAAGUAACUAGCAGGAGGCAUCUUCUGUAUUCUAGAUCAGACAUGUUUCCCGGUAUAGAGUUACUAGUAGAAUACAUCUUCUGUAUUCUGGAUUAGACAUGGUUAGUUUCCUGGUAUAGAGUAACUAGCAGGAUACAUCUUCUGUAUUCUGGAUCAGACAUGGUUAGUUUCCCGGUAUAGAGUAACUAGCAGGAGGCAUCUUUUGUAUUCUGGAUCAGACAUGGUUAGUUUCCCGGUAUAGAGUAACUAGCAGGAGGCAUCUUUUGUAUUCUGGAUCAGACAUGGUUAGUUUCCCGGUAUAAAGUAACUAGCAGGAGGCAUCUUCUGUAUUCUCGAUCAGACAUGGUUAGUUUCCUGGUAUAGAGUAACUAGCAGGAGGCAUCUUCUGUAUUCUAGAUCAGACAUGUUUCCCGGUAUAGAGUUACUAGUAGAAUACAUCUUCUGUAUUCUGGAUCAGACAUGGUUAGUUUCCUGGGAUAGAGUAACUAGCAGGAGGCAUCUUCUGUAUUCUGUAUCAGACAUGGUUAGUUUCCCGGUAUAGAGUAACUAGCAGGAGGCAUCUUCUGUAUCAGACAUGGUUUGGUCAUGAUUGCGUAGAAUUAAGUAUUAAAAUUAUGUAUAGAAUUACAGAAACCUGUGGCUCAUUGCUGCUAGGUUAAACUCUGCUUUCAGACUUCCCUGUCACUGAGAUGGGAGUGCAUUUACCUGGUUUAGGAGUGUUAUUGAACUUAUUCAUCUCUUUGUUGAAACAGGUGCUUUGCAAAUGCUUUUGUUAACUGAAUAUUUUAUUUCAUUCUGUUCAUAAGCAUGCAAAAUAUCUGAAAUGCUAAUUAUGUGUCUAGAGAUUGUGCAUCUGUACCUGUGGUAUAUAAAAUGUGUGGCGCUCAAAGUGUGACAGAUAGCUGUAAAAUUAUUUUAUCUAUUAUAUGAUGAUAGUUUCAUUUCAUGUGAUCCAAGUGCUGCAACAAAAGAAGUACUGCAACCACAUUCAUUAUACAUGUACUGCAAUGAUUUUUCAAUAAAAGAAUACAAAGAGU